ACAUGAUGAAAAUUAGCCUUAAAUCUAAGAGGUCGAAGCUGUAUUUAAACAUUAAGUACACGUUUACAUGGAUGUGUUUUAAAGCUUGUGCGUUGAUGCGUUGGAUUCCUGACGUGUUAUGAUAUCUGCAGCAGUUUGUCUCUUUAUUUGUUCAUUCCUAAAAUAUGCUCAUUUAACAUGAAAUUAAAAUAGUGAUGCAUUCAUGAAAAGAAGCUGUUGCAUAGGUUUUGUUGACUGAAAUUAAAACCUAUGUUGUUACAUUCAGCUUUUACUCCAGCCUGCAUGUGGACACAAUAUACACAUCAGCACCAUGUUGCAUAGCACCUGGACAAACAGGCUCAUCAUGUUUCAGUGAACUCUCUUUCCUCUGGAUAAAAAGGUCCCACUUUGGAUUAGGCGGCCUUGAAGGGAUAGUGCACCCACUAAUGCCAUUAAUUACUCACCUUUGUGUCGUUCCAAACACGGACCAUGAGCCCAGUGAUGGAGUCUGCGAAGGGCUUUGUUCUUGGAGCAGUGGCUGGAGGAACUCUGGGAGCCACUGAGGUACCGGUGAAUCGAGUUAUGCAAGAGAUCAUCUCAGGAGCCCGACUGAAACCCGUUAUGUCCGGCAUUAAGAGCAUCGGGGCUCUGGGACUGGGUGCUCUUCUAGGAACUACCGCGCUCGUCACAUCAAUGACGCUGGUGGUCACGGGGGUCACCGUAGCCGCUUCCGUGGCCUUGUUUCUAUUGAGAUGGAGGAAGAGUGAGGGAUGGGCGGCAGCAGGAUUAGCUGCGGCUCUCACCGCGACUUCCAGCGGCGCAGCUCUAGGGACCGUCAUUGAAAAACUGAGCACGAGCUACGGGAUGGUCAGCCUGCUCUGGGCUCUGGGGGUCUUUACAGUCUUGAAACUACUGAUGCACUUCUUCGUCAAGUAUACGUUCACAGAACGGGAAUUCUGUGGAUCGAUCACCGAUGCUACUAAGAGUGAGCGAGCAAGACUACUUGCUUGGGAAGUAGAUCUAAGACAGCGGGCUGCACUGGAAUUGGAAAAGAGGAUCGAGAUGAAGCAACCAGAAGAGGACGGUCUGUCUGCUUGGGAGGCCCAACGAAGAGAAAGAGAAGAAAUGAAGAGACAGCAGAGGAAGGCCGUUGAGCUGGAAACGCAGCAGAGGACUUCUCGACGACAACUGCUCAAAGCCGUGGCCAAAUACAUGGAGCUCCUUGCAUUUUCGGGCAUUCCCAUGACUGUGACCGCUUUUGUGACCGCCGGCUUUGGCAUGUUUGGAUUCGGCGAUUACAGGUUUGUGUUCGUUGUGCUGUUAGUCGUGGUGUUGGGCAUGUCGUUUUGGCUCAUGAGUUCCAGGCGCUUGAACUUUUGGAUGCUCAUGGGAUGCAUGGGAAUGUUCGCCACCUUUGCCGUUUCCGUGCUGACCGUCCACGCCGGGCAGGAGGUGGCGGGCGUGUCUGUCAGAAUGCGCUUGGCAGGACGAAACAUAAGCAAGGAGAACAUCAGCAUCCGGAUGAAUCGCGCGGCCUCCGUACAGGCGCUCUCUGCAGGAUUCUUCGUGUCAGAAGUCUGCCAGGUCGGUUUAGGGGCCGCCGUCGGCGGUCCAGUGGCGCGAGAGGCUGGAGGAAAGGUGGUUUUGUGGGCGUCUGUAAGCGCGGCGGCUGUUUUGUCGACGGUGGAGGUGUCGUCGCAGAUGCUGGGAGUUGGCGGUAAGGCGGGGGCUUUGCUCGGGGCGGCUGGAGCUGCCGGAGUGUCUCUGGGAGGAGCUGCAGCCGUGGCAGUGAAAUCGGACUCAUGGGGAGGAACAAUAGGAACCACUGCUGGCAUGAUCUUUGGCUUAUUGAUGUUUAGAAAGUGCGACAUUGUUAACACUGGGCUUCAGAUAUGUGUGGCAUACCUGUUUGCUAUGACAAAACUCUACUGAAAUGCUAUGAUGUACGGUAACUGCUCUUUUUAGUACUACAUUGGAAAUAAUCAAUCAUCAAUAUGUUUUUUUCUUUCUCUGACCUCCAUGUUCUUACUAUAUCACAUUUUUGUCUGUCUGUGUUUGGUCUAAAGGUUCAUUAAACUGCCUUGUAUGAUAAAUAAAUAAAUGGAUUCGGUGGAAA